AUGGAUAUCGACUCGAAGAUCAAGGCCUAUCGCUUUGUGGGCUAUGCAGCCGUCACAUUUUCGGCCGUCGCCGUCCUGUCCGUGUGUAUCACCCUUCCAAUGGUCUACAACUAUGUCCAUCAUGUCCGUUCACAAUUACACUCCGAACUCACCAUGUGCAAGGGAUCUGCAAAGGAUGUUUGGUCCAGUGUAUAUUCCAUCAAAGAUCUGCCUGUAGCAGCUAAUAGGACAACUAGGAGCAGUUACAGCGAUCAGUGCAGUGGAUGUUGUCUACCAGGGCCAAUGGGUCCUGUUGGAUCUCCUGGAAAGCCUGGCAAGCCAGGAAAGCCUGGAGCUCCAGGUAUGCCAGGAAAUCCUGGCCGACCACCUCAGGCACCUUGUGAGCCUGUGACACCACCACCAUGUCCGGAGUGCCCGCAGGGUCCUCCCGGACCACCUGGACCUCCUGGACCUCCUGGAGACAACGGAGUACCUGGUGAACCUGGACAGAAGGGACAAGAUGCACCUGCUGGCGAGCCUGGACCCAAAGGGCCACCUGGACCUCCUGGACCUCCCGGAAAUCCUGGAGCACCUGGAGAACCUGGAGAGCCUGCCAAGUCGGAACCCGUUGUUCCCGGGCCACCUGGAACUCCUGGAACCCCAGGACCACAAGGACCACCCGGACCUCCAGGAAGCAAUGGAAUCGAUGGAGCACCAGGAGAGCCUGGACCGAAAGGACCCGAUGGAGAGCCAGGAGCACCUGGUCAAGAUGGAGAGCCUGGACAACCUGGUCAUCCCGGCCAAGAUGGACAAGCAGGAGAAAAGGGUAUCUGUCCCAAGUACUGUGCGAUCGACGGUGGAGUAUUCUUCGAGGAUGGCACCCGCCGUUAA